AUGCAGUCCACCAGCAUUCAAGGCAGCAGAGAGCGAAGGCCUUCUUAUGACACCCCAAAACGUUCAGCACUCGCCUGCAAUCGCUGCCGAGGGAGGAAGACGAAAUGUAAAGGAAACCCGCCCUUGAAAUGUCCAGCUUGUGUGGAGGUCGGCGCCGAAUGCACAUAUACGGAAACUGAAAAACGCAUCCCGGUUCCUGAAAGGCAUAGCGUCCUCCUAGACCUUCAAGCACGCGCACAAGCAGCUGAUCAAUGUAAGGCCUCCUGCACCAAGUUCUCUUUUAUCGGAUCCAGGCAGAAUAGCACCGCUUCGCCUGCAACAACCGAAGAUGACCAACCGAGAGAAGAUGACGACUGGUGGUACAAAGGCAUGGACACUUUACUCCUCAGCCGUUCAGGAGAACAUCGCUACGUCGGCACAGCAUCUUCAACAUACCUUGCUCAAAAGCUGAAUCCAACCACGGACACGAACUUGGCCUGGGACGUCCACCCAAUGUACAAAGACCCAUCAUCUCUACAACGGCCGCAGAAGCCUAUAAUGCCGCAGCUCCCUCCUUACGAAUUUGCCAAGAGUCUAUAUGGAGCACAAUAUAUCUACAUUGGGACAAUAUUCUCAUUCUUGCCACCAGACAUCUUCGAGAAAAGGCUGCAACAGGCGUAUUCUCGUCCUCCGGACCUGAUGAAUCGAGAAGAAUGUCUUGCGUAUUGCCAGAUACUGCUCAUUUUUGCAUAUGGGCAGAUGUAUUCGGUCAACCAGUGGUCAGGUAAUGACGGACCUCCAGGUUUUCAAUACUUCAAGCAUGCACUAUGGCUUCUUCCAGAUAUACACCAAGAAGGCUCCAUCCUCUUCGUCGAGGUCUUGAGUCUCAUUGCUCCCUAUAUGCAAAAUCUGAACCGAAAAGACGCCGCUUUCCUGUACAUUGGGUUGGCCAUAAGAAUGGCUAUUUCACUGGGACUACAUCAAGAAGUGGACGAUCCUAUGAUGGACGUUGCGGAACGAGAACACCGCAGAAGAGUAUGGUGGUCAGUAUACAGCAUGGAUCGCAUCAUCUCAGUCAAAUCCGGCAAUCCGAUCUCAAUUCACGAUGAAGAUAUUGACGUGGCAUGGCCAAGUCCGAUCCCUGGAAUUGACUCCAACCUGUCCCCGCCUCGAGUAUUGGCACACUAUACGCAAUUGUCCCGCAUAUUGGGUAAGAUCGGAGAAGGUAUCUACAGAAAGAAGCACAAAACCGGCACGAAUCUGCUGGCCUCGGUGCAGAGUAUCAUGAACGACCUGUCUGCAUGGUUGAGCAAGAUACCGGCUGAAUUGAGGAUCGACUUUUCUGCCUUGGACCGGCCCCUUUCCCGUGAAGGCAUCUCGACAUUCCUCCACUAUUAUCAAUGCAUCAAUAUGACGACCCGGCCAAUGUUGCUCUAUGUCUGCCAAAGAAGACUCCAAGCACUUGCUACAGGGAAUGCUCCUUCCGACUGGAAAGAAGGAUUGUCGCCAAAUGUCGUCACCAUAAUCGAGACGUCUAUCAGAGCUGCCCGGGCGAGUACAUUGGUCAUGAACGCGGCGGCAAGUCAACACUUGUUUGCGACUUAUGGCUUCAUGGAUGGAGAGCAUGCCUUCUCAGCCACACUGACAUUGGUGAUGGUCAAUGUUGCAUUUCCCCACAGUGAAAAGGACGCAACAGCCAUGGAAACCGCCCUUUCAGUCCUCCAAGGCAUGGCUGCAAAGGGCAAUGAAUACAUUGAAGCACGUCUAUCGCUAUUGAUGAAUCUUCGGUCAAAUAUCGGACCACGAGCAUCGCCUUACCCACCAAACGUGCCCACAUCUGUCAUGUCGAGUAGCGCGCAGGCAUCGAGUAUGUGCAAUCCCUAUAAUACGAUGACACUACCCCUGGACGUCCCUUCGCAACCUCUGGGUAAUGCCUUACAAUUCGACAAUAGUUUUCAACCAUUACAAGAUAUUUCUUUCAAUUUUGACAUAGAGGAAGACCCGAAAUUCUGGGAGGAGUUGUCUGGCAAUUUGGAUAUCGACGUGGACAUGAACACUGGCUGGAUUGAGAAUGCCCUACGUCAUGAAGCAUAUCACAACGCUGGACUCUGA